UAAUGGGGUCAACUCUGGGCCGAGACUCACACACCAACCAAGUUUGGCGGAAAACCUUAACGUGGUUUUUGUGAAAUCCUGCCCACAAACCAACCGACCAACAAACGGACAAAGAUGUGAACAGAAACUCCUUGGCGGAGCACUCCUCCAGUGGCAGUUCGUCGUCGGUCUGUCCAGGUUCCUCAUCAUCUUCCACACACUGUGUCUGUGGCCUGCAUUUUUUAUUUAUUUAUAUAUUUUUUUUUCACCGACGGAUUUAAAGUAAUCCUGACAGUUGCUCAGCUACAGGAGGUGUUUUCUCACCGGGGCCGAUGGCUGGAAGCGCCACUGUUCUGCACUCAGCCACAAGUAGACAUCCACAGCAGACCUCCUCGAUCACUGGAAGUAAGGAAAGCAGCAGAGAAAACAGCCAAGAUGCCUGUCGAUCUGAACGGAUAUUGGAAAAUGAUUUCCAGUGAUAACUUCGAGGAGUACCUGAAGGCCCUUGAUGUCAACGUUGCCAUCAGGAAGAUCGCCACCUUGUUGAAGCCGGACAAGGACAUCACGCACGACGGGGACCACAUCGUCAUCAAAACCCUCAGCACCUUCAAAAACUACAACAUGGACUUCCAUGUGGGCAAAGAGUUCGAGGAGGAUCUGUCCGGAGUGGACGACAGGAAAUGCAUGACCACCAUCACCUGGGAGGGAGACAAGCUGGUGUGUGUGCAGAAGGGGGAGAUCGAAGGCAGAGGCUGGACCCACUGGGUGGACGGAGAUGAGCUUCAUCUGGAGCUGAGAGCUGGAGGAGUCGUCUGCCAUCAGAUUUUCAAGAAGAGCUAAGAUGGCGCUCGCGGAACGAGACGGUGCCCCCGGCUGACACUCGCUCCCCAGAAACACACCAACCACAUCACACGCCUCCGACGCACCAUCCGACUUCCCUUUGGUCCAUGCCAAACCCUCACCUGUUCCUCUCUGUUACAAUCUAAGCUAUCUUUGUCACGUUUGACAAAAAAAAAACAAAAAAACACCAACACACCAGCCAUUCUCUGCCAAAGCCAAUUCAUAUUAUCACACAAGUCAUUCCAGUGAGGUCAGCCUGUGCAUCACGUACCAUCACAUGAUGCAUUACUGUAUAUCUGUCUCAGGGUGGGUGCUCUUUUGAUUAACGGGUUAAUGCAUACUGCUACUGUAGGUGUAGCUGAUCUGAUGGGUUAGCCAGAUUGAUGGUGCUGAAUUGACCAGUGGGGGAAGUGAGAGAGAACGGUGAUAAGCUAAUUGAAAAGGGUUAAUCCUGGUGUAGUUCUCUUGAACGACAGCGGUGGGCGGUAGACGACGAGGCUAUGAACAUGAUUGAGGGCUUUGCCACUGCUUAGUCUCCAGAAUGGAUAGCAGAUAGGAUGUGUGUGUUUAUCCCUCCAGGUUCCUUUUGAGACCGCGCCAUCGAUAGUAAAAUGAAUCAAUCAAUAAAGUAAACAGUGCUCAAUUA